AUGUAUGUUCAGUUAUUUGAAAGUGGGUAUCAUUAUCUUGGUCGUCCUGGGGUUGCUCACGUGUCGCGUCCGAUACUAGAGAUGCUUAAGAUAGUCCUUGCGUAUGAAGCCCAUCUAUUUACUGACUCAGAAUUGGACUGUUUCGAGAGAUACAAUGAAUUGAGCUAUAAUGCUCGCUACCUCUUUAUCCGCCUGCUCUUGCGGAAGCCGGCUACAUGGCACGGACUAGGCUCGCUUAACUACAAGUCUGAGUUAGGCGAUGCCAUCCUGGAUGCUGUCCACGAGCUCUGCGGAAAUGAACCCAAACCCACUCCUCCUAUGCUGAAGUCCUCGACUUCCGAAGAUGGUCCAGCCUCGGAACAAUCGGCGCCCAAUUCCCUUGAGACUUCAAGCAUCUUUGCAGAGAGCGACAGCCAAGCUACCCUGCAAGAGCUAUUGGAAUGUCUAACCGUCCCCCAGCUCAAAGACCUCGCCAAGCGAAUGAAGGUGAAAGCUGAGAGCAAGCGAGGGCCUCUCAUCGAUGCCCUGCUAGUGUCCGCCUCGAGCCAAACGACCUUAUCCGCCUCUUUGAAAUCCGCCGCGAAAGCAAAGGGGAAAGCAAAGGCAGAUAACUUCCAUCAGACGAGGCUGCCUGCCGCUCUUGACCGAUGUUGUCAAGGACCAUGCAUACGCAUCUCUGAUUCUGUAGUGCAAUUAUUCCGCCGGGUCAAUGUUAUUUAUUUGCGAAGCACUCAAUAUUCACCUACUAUCCUCACCGAAUCUAUCCUCAGCCGCGCGAAGAAGCGUACAUACAACGUAGUGAAGUUCCAUCGGACACCAGACAUCUGGCCUACCCGUGAAGCCUUGAUAUCUUAUGAAGAAGCCUUACUUUUGGAGGCCCAAGUGGACGAGCUCCUCGGCGCGGCCCCCACGCCGGGCAACGCCUCUCGAGGACGAAGUCGCCUAUUCGAGUCUGUGUACCCGCGCUGGCUCUCGCUUGUCAGGACUAAGACAGAGCACGAGGAGCGGCCGCGCGGGCUGCAGCGCUUUGAUUGUGGUGAGUUCUGCGUCCCUCCAUUCUUCUCUCGUGGUUGUGCUCAUGGAAAUGUCGCAGGGCAUGUGCUUACUAGGAUCGUGUAUAAGGGAGCGCACGCCCUGGGCCUCUUGCAUGAGUAUGCUGCAGAGCUCCAAGUCCUUGAAGAACUGUUAGCUCAGAAGAGAUGGAGGAGGGGGAAACGUGGCCAGUGGCAUGAGCGUCGGGCGCUGAUCCUGAUGACGCACUUCCCCAAAGAUACAGAGACGCACGAACGCGCUAUGGAUGUGGUCAUCGAGGCUUUGGAAGAUGAUGAUACGCAUCUUAUAUAUCGCCCAAAGCUUACUCGCCGCUUGACUACGCUCGAGAAGCGGCUGAAAGUGCCGGUCGACGAACGUCACGUCUGCGAGGGCGAGCUCCGAAAAUGCCAGGAAGUGCGGAUAACUGGUGUCAGGGUACGACAUAAGGCGGCGAGCCUCACGCUGGAUCAGACGGGGAGGCUGUUGAAUAGGCCCUCUGCCGCUACGCAGUCUUUGCUGAGCCAGCGGACCUUGCCGUUUUCGCAGAGCGAGAACAAGCCUACCAUAGGGAAGAUUGAGAAAUGGGUAGGUAAAUCUAUCUGGCACGGGAGGGAUGGGGAAGAGGUGACCGUGGAAAUCCUCGCUCUGCAACAUUAUGAAAGCCUUGGGUAUCGAGGGUACCACAGCGAAGGAAGCAUCGUCCGGAUGCUCUUUGGCCUGCUGUUCUGGGACAUCAUAUUCGCCCCUAUUCCUGGCGCGUUCGAGACGCCGUAUCAGUCUGCGCCGUUGGAUAUUGCUGAGGACAGUUUCUUAUUUUCGCGAGUGGACCUCAUCACCGCUCGGCUCGCGCAAAUCGAGAACGGGGAGGCUUCCGCGUUGAUAGAAACGACAGAUGACGAGCACCGUCCUCUGGGCACCUGGUGUGUUGGUGUGCGUUGGGACAUGUUUCCCAAGGAGGAUCUCCUGGAAAUUGCGGACUGUCUGGGCGGUAAAUCUCUGUCUACCAUAUGCCGACUUCUCUGCGAAGAUUACUCUGCCAGAGCGGGCGGGGUACCAGAUCUCAUAGUCUGGAACUCAGAAUCACGCGAUUGCAAGUUUGUGGAAGUCAAGGGUCCCGACGACAAACUGCAGGAAAAUCAGAAGCUUUGGAUUGACGUUCUUCUCAGGGCCGAGACAGUAGUGGAGGUGUGUCAUGUAGAAGAACAAGGCUGCGUCGAUGGAAAGAAGAGCAAACGGAGAAAGAAGAACGAUAAGGAGUUACCAGAGACAGACGAGUCCGAUUAUCUUCAAGCGGAAUCCGAGGACGACGAUGGUCCCAACACAUCGCAGAUUGCGGUCCAGGAUUCGACAGGUAUCAAACGAACUAUGGAAGAUACUGCAGACCCCAAAUCGUCGGACAGACCUGCGAAAUUGCCUAGACUCUAA